CGCAUAAUCCAUAUAGCAAACAGAACCCGCCACAACAGAAACCCUAAUCUGCGCGGCUGCGCUCCCGUCCCCAUAUAAACAACCUCAAAGCAAAACCCUCGUAGCCCCCGAGCGUAGCAGACAGAGAAGGACCAAGAAAAUGCAGAUCUUCGUGAAGACCUUAACUGGGAAGACUAUCACCCUCGAGGUUGAAUCCAGCGACACCAUCGACAAUGUUAAGGCCAAGAUUCAGGACAAGGAAGGUAUUCCGCCGGACCAGCAGAGGCUGAUCUUUGCAGGGAAGCAGCUCGAGGAUGGCCGUACCCUCGCAGAUUACAACAUCCAGAAAGAGUCAACUCUUCAUCUUGUUCUGAGGCUUCGAGGUGGCAUUAUUGAACCAUCUCUGAUGGCAUUGGCCAGGAAAUACAACCAGGAGAAAAUGAUCUGCCGCAAAUGUUAUGCACGGUUGCACCCACGUGCUGUCAACUGCAGGAAAAAGAAGUGUGGACACAGCAACCAGCUGAGGCCAAAGAAGAAGAUCAAGUAGAGUAGUUGGUGUGAGGAAAAAUUGCUAACCAUUGUAGUGGGUCGCUGGAUGUCUUAUCUGAACGAUGGUAGCAUCAAACAGUUCGCUAGUAGAAUUCUAGAAAUCCGACAUGUAGUACAGUGUUACUUAAUAUGCUUUGAACUUUUUGGGCGUUGAAUAUGCCGUGACGUUUUGAGUCAUUUUUUUUGGUGAUGAAAUCAAACCUAUGCUUUUGUUUAGUUUUAUGUGGGUUCUGUUGCUUAAUUAUGUUUGUUUGGUCCUUGAGCUCUUCAAUUUUGAGGCGUUGGAAUGAAAGACUGUCUGACUGUGUAAGACGGAUUUUGUGGGAAUCUUGAGUCGUCAAUCCUCUUGAUUUGAA